UACCCAGCCCCUUUUCUCCCAAGCCAACCUAUUCGAACAGUUCCUUACCCGACCUUCAGCUCAGUCUCCCCCAGUCCAAUCCUCGGCCCAAUCUCCUUCUUCUCAGCCCUCCGAAUCAACUACCCCAGCCUCCGAUACCGAUACCGAAAUCGAACUUUAAAUGGGUAUAUCGAUACUUCAGUGGAAUACUCAGGGUAUUAAGGAGAACCUCGAGGUCCUCCUCGAGGAAGCCAAUCGCUACCACCUAGUACACAGGCCGGGUAGCCGGGCAGCUAUAUUCGUUGGAAAGAGAUUUGACCUUAGCCAGUGGGACUACGAGGUGGCCGAAGAUUGGUGUCGUGUGUGGUUUUUGGGCCAGGAGGGCCCAGGAUUGGAAAUUUGGUCGAUCUACAACCCUCCUACCGACAAGACCCUCCUGUCAACCUUACUACAACAAAUACCCAGACCUACCAACCAGGUGAUCCUUAUGGAGGACUUCAACCUCCAGCACCCCCUGUAGGACCUGUACGAGCGGUAUGAACGGGAGGCCGAAGGGCUGGUCCAACUAGCUACCUCCUGGGACCUCUAUUU